UCCAAUGAUUCGACAAUACUUCAAAAAAUCAGUCUAGAUGAUUCAUCAAACUAAGCAAAGGAAGGUUCAUUUGAGACUCACCUAUAUAGAAAGUAUAAGGAUCUCCAUUGUACACUUUAAUUACCAAGAUACUUCAUUGGUACUCAUAAACGAAAUUGGUGUGGGAAACAGUGAGGCCUGUCUUGGCACAACAUUUGCAGAAGUGAAUGUCCCUUUGGAAAUCGAUUUGUAUCUGAUUAAGUACUAAAAUUCAUGAAUAACUUGAAAUAAUGUAGGAUGGGAGCGUGGGAGAUCUCGAGUCUACUACUGGCCUUUUUAGAAAAAGAGAAUUUCCAGGGAGGCCACUAUGUGACAGCUCUUAUUGAGGACUACAAGACGACAUGUUGGGGUUGUGGACUUCAUUUACUUGUUUCGCCAUAUGCACCUUCUUUCAAGUGUUUCUGGUGCGGAGCAAUAACAAACCAGAAUGCAGUUGAAGUUGAGAACAAGAACUUUAAGUGGAGACGCUUGCGUGAUCGCGGCUUUGUUGGUGUGCUUGUUGUCAUUAUGCUAAUUGUGAUAUGUGCUGGUGUCUGGGCAAUUUAUCCUAUAGUAUUUUCAAUCAGUUACUUCUGCGGUAGUGUUCACUCUUCAGUUGCUGUAGCGUUGUCUAUUUCUACCUUGUCCACAUUUGGCCUUGCUGCAUUUCGUUCAGCUGGUGCUCCACCAGACAUAUUUUGGGGUAGCUAUCCUGCUGUUAAGAAAGGUGGGCUUGAGGAUUAUACUUUUUGUCAGUAUUGUUCAAAGCCAAAGUCUCCUAGGGCACGCCAUUGUCGUUCUUGUGGAAUGUGUAUACUGGACAUGGAUCAUCAUUGCCCACUUAUUGGCAAUUGUGUUGGUGCAACAAACCACAGGAGCUUCAUCAUUUUCCUGAUUUCAGCAAUCAUUAGCACAAUUUAUGUGUCCAUCAUUUCUGUGUAUGCAGCUUUUCAUUUUUGGCCACCACUAAGCGACAAACCAAUUCACUUUUUCAAUGGAGCUGUGGGUCAAAAGCUGCAUUUGAGAACCUUGAAAGAUGUGUUACUUGCAUUUCUGGAGUUUGCAUCAUUUGUACCCGUGAGAGGACUUGUACUGGUCUACCUGUUUAUUGUUAGUGUUUCUAUCCAGAUAAGUUUAAGUGCGCUGUUGUGGCAGCAACUCUGCUUUAUAAAUGAGGGUAAGACCUACUUGAGUCAUAUAAGUACAUCUGAGGGUGAUGAAACUGCAGAAAAGAAUUGCCAAAAUCUCAUCCACUUCUUUGGCUGUCCAAUGACAACAAGAAGAUUUUUGCCAAUCUUCUUCAGUUCUAGGAAGAAACACAAGUGAAGCUUGAAGUGGAUUUAUGCCAAAUAAAAUUUAGAAUAUUACAGCAUCUUUUUUUCCCUAAAAAGGACCUUUUUGUAACAAUAUAUUAAAUUUUUUUGCUGGAAUAUUGUAGAACUAUUGUAAAAACAAGUGUAGGAUUGUUGCAUGAAUAUCGAGUAUUUUUAAUAAUCAUCUUUAAAAUAUGUGAAAUGAGGAUAUAUUAGUAUAAAUUGAUAGAUGC